AUGACUCUGCCGUGGUGCAGUGCCACACCUAAAGAAACGCAGAGGAAACACUGUCGUGUUGUCCCCAGCUCAGGUGUCCUCCUCCCCUCUGCUCCCCGUGACGUGGCCCCUGUCCUAGUGUCCAGCCGUUUUGUCCGCCUCAGCUGGCGCCCCCCGCAGGAGACCAGAGGAACUGUCCAGACCUACGGCAUCUACUACUCCCAGGACACGGUCAACAGGGAGAGGUCUGUGAACGUGUCGGAGGCAGAGACCCUCCAGAUGACUGUCAGUAACCUGAAGCCAGAGGAGACCUACUCCUUCAGAGUGGUGGCCUACAACGACAACGGCCCUGGAGAGAGAUCCGAGACACUCAGACUCACCACACAGCCAGAGUUGCAGGUCCCUGGGCCGGUGGAGAACCUCCAGGUAGAGUCCAUCUCUCCCACCUCCAUCCAGGCCUCCUGGGACGCCCCGGCCUACGCCAACGGGCCCCUGCUGGGGUACAGACUGCUCUGGACUGAGAUACCCUCUGGGAAGGAACAGAGUGUGGAGGUGAACGGGCAGAGUUAUAAGAUGGAGGGACUUCAGAAGUUCACAGAGUACUCCUUGCGUGUCUUGGCUAUGAACCGUUAUGGCCCUGGGGUCACCACAGAGGACAUGAGCAUCACCACGCUGUCUGAUGUGCCAAGUGCUCCACCACAAAACAUCUCCUUGGAAGUGGUCCUCUCAAGAAGCAUCAAGGUGAGCUGGCAGCCCCCUCCUCCCAACAGCCAGAACGGGUUCAUCACCGGCUACAAACUCCGGUACCGGAAGACCGGUCGACGAGGAGACCAGGAGGCCAUCGAACCUAACAACUUCUGGUACCUGUUCACAGGGCUGGAGAAAGGCAGUCAGUACAGUUUCCAGGUGGCUGCCAUGACAGCUAACGGCACGGGCCCAGCCAGCGAGUGGUUCACCGCAGAAACGCCAGAGAAUGACCUUGACGAGAGCCAAGUCCCGAAUCAACCGAGUUCCCUCCACGUCAGACCCCUGCCCAACAGCAUCAUCAUGAGCUGGACUCCUCCCCUCAACCCCAACAUCCUAGUACGGGGCUACAUCAUUGGCUACGGAGUAGGAAGUCCCUACGCUGAGACGGUCAGGGUGGACAGUAAACAACGAUACUACUCCAUAGAAAACCUGGAGCCCAGUUCCCACUAUGUCAUCUCCCUGAAAGCCUUCAACAAUGCAGGAGAGGGGGUCCCCCUGUACGAGAGCGCUGUGACCAGAUCUAUAACAGAUACAUCCACCCCCAUGAUCCCCCCAGUAGGUGUCCAGGCCGUGGCCUUGACCCCAGACUCUGUCAGGGUCAGCUGGGCAGACAACUCCAUGACCAAGAACCAGAAGACCACUGAGGUCCGCUACUACUCCGUCAAGUGGAAGACCAGCUACUCUACUAGCGGGAAGUUCAAGUCUGCAGACACAACAGCCCUCAGCCACACCGUCACUGGCCUCAAGCCCAACACCAUGUACGAGUUCGCUGUCAUGGUUACCAAGGGCCGCAAGUCUAGCACGUGGAGUAUGACCGCUCAUGCCACCACUUACGAAGCAGCUCCCAGCUCCGCCCCCAAGGACCUGACGGUCAUCAGUCGUGAGGGGAGACCCAGAGCUAUUCUGAUUAGCUGGCAACCCCCCAUGGAGACCAACGGACGGAUCACGGGCUAUAUCCUGUACUACACCCUGGACAAGAACAUGCCUAUAGAUGACUGGGUAAUGGAGAGUAUCAGUGGAGACCGUCUGACCCACCAGGUGAUGGACCUGAACCUGGACACCGUCUACUACUUCAGGAUCCAGGCUAAGAAUGCCAAGGGAGUGGGUCCCCUGUCAGACCCCAUCCACUUCAGGACUAACAAAGUGGAACAUCCAGACAAGAUGGCCAACGAUCAAGCCCUGCCCCCAGUCUCCUCCCUCCCACAGCCCUGCCCCCUAGCCUCCCACAGCCCUGCCCCCUUGCCUCCCACAGCCCUACCCCCUAGCCUCCCACAGCCCUGCCCCCAACCUCCCACAGCCCUGCCCCCUUGCCUCCCACAGCCCUGCCCCCUAGUCUCCCACAGCCCUGCCCCCUUGCCUCUCACAGCCCUGCCCCCUAGCCUCCCACAGCCCUGCCCCCUAGCCUCCCACAGCCCUGCCCCCUUGCCUCCCACAGCCCUGCCCCCUAGCCUCCCACAGCCCUGCCCCCUUGCCUCCCACAGCCCUGCCCCCUAG